CCGAUUUAAGUCUGUUCUUAAUGUCCGAUUUUUAAAAUAAUGUCAAUGGAAGAUUAAGAAAAAUAGUUUGUAAGAGUAGCCCCUUUUUUGCACUCAAUGCUCAUGGGGGAUAAACGUUUUUAAAAUUACGAUUCACAGACUUGUUUAAACAUACGCUGGUGCAAUUCUGAUUCAAGUAAACUUCGUUCGUCCGUUCGAAGUUGAGCGUGCCCAGCUUUUUUCCCGGGAUGUGGUCGCAAAUCAGGAAUUUUGUAUUGAUAAUCCCAAUAAUUAAACGCAGUGCAAUUAACCGCAAAAAUAGCUGAACAAAAGCAAAAUUUAUAAUCACCUCUGCAUAAUCAUUUUGAUCGAAAUAUUAUUUUGUUUUACCCAAAAUAGAAGAAAAAUGAUUGUCGUAAACAAACGGAAUCGUGGGAUACGCACCAUGCAACUAGAAUCCAUAAUCUCGUGCAAUCUUCGAGGACUUUGAAUAAUUUGAGUUGAGACAUAAUAAAAGCAGCCGAGCACAUGCAGAGCGAGACGAACCCUGAGAUACCGGACCUUCCUAACACAGGCACGGCCUGUGAGCCGCAGGAACUCGAGCAACAUGUCAGUCCAGACUCUGAGAGUGUAUCCAUCGAAGUCCCAGUGGCUCCGGAAUGCAGCCUAGUAGAAGGAUCCGGAGAUUCGGAAAUAGAAUCAUAUUUCGACACUCCAGAGGAAAGCCAACUUAGAAAACAGUUGAAAAGACGUAAGAAAAUAAUCUUACGAAAUAAUGAACAGAUAAAAGCAAUGAAAAAGAGAUUGCGUGAAUUGAAUAAGCAGCAAAAUUUUCUGCAAGAUAAGAUAGAUAAGAUAAAGGAUAAAGAGAGCAAGGAACCGAAGCAGGUGUUGAACGAAGAGGCGAGCACUGCUGGUCCUAGUGGCACAUUACAAGAACCAGAAAAUUCCCCUAGUUCACUAGAAGUUUCUGAUAAUUCUGAAGUGGAAAUAUUUGAUAGUCCUGUAGAGACUAAACUGAGGCACAAACUAAAAAGGGUUAAUAAAUUGUAUGACGGCACAUUAAGGACAAAGAAACAAUUAUCCACCAAGAUAGCACGACGGCCAAAGCAAAUUGCUGUUUUAGAAAAAAAAUUGGAGGACCUAAAAAAAAUGAAGUGUCGAUGACGUGCGUAUUUGGUCUUCGAAAGAAAAAGUAAAUUAAAAUAAUUUAUUCUGUUUUUAAAAGCUGUAUUCCAGCCACAGGAAAUAAUGUAAUCUAUAGUAUGACAUAAUUAUUUCUAUGUGUACCGCGGUGUAUAUAUUCAGUUCAAAGGAUAUUUAUUAACUUAGUGUAUUGAAUGAAACCAGCAGAAUGACUUGACACUAACUUGGAUCCGAUUAUUCGUGUUCAACUAAAGUGUAGGCAAUCAAUCUGGCGAAUUCACAUUGAGAGGAAGCACUGCGCACUCUCUCUGAAUUUAUCCCGUUUGACAGGAGGCUAAACAGCCACGGAUGAAAUAAUCAGGUCUAAAUUAAUAAUUGUAAUUAGCGUUUAUUCCUACGUCACAGAAGCAUGCAGUGCUAGAACAGCACGAUUUUUAGUGGUUUGUACUUACAAAUAUAAAUUUAGCACCGAGACAAUGUUCAGUAAACUAAAUUUAUCUAAUCUUAAAA